AUGAAUCAUAGAGAUGUAAUGUCAAGUGAAAACAGCAAAUUGCAUAAAAUGACACACAGCAUGCUGGCAAAAAUAAGCAAAACUAAACCAUCUAUUAAAGAAUCCACCUUCAAUGCAGGAGAUGUGAGUUUGAUCCCUUGGUUGGGAAGAUUCCCUGGAAGAGGGCAUAGCGACCCACUCCAGUAUUAUUGCCUGGAGAACCCCAUGGAUAGAGGAGCCUGGUGGGCUACAGUCCAUGGGGUCACAAAAGAGUUGGACAGGACUGAAGCCACUGAGCACACACACAUGAUCAUACGCUUAGGAGAUAAGGGGAAGAAAAGCACAAAAUUCAAACGACGGUCCCUGUGCGGGGAGUGGGACUGGGGUAAGGAAGGACCUCAGGAAUUUGCGAAGGUAAUAUCUUGGUUCUCAGGCUAG